AUGGGGUGUCAUGUAACUAAAAAUCCCAGUUCUGACUAAAAAUUCAAGGAAUAAGUAAUUACCGAUGAAAUGUUACAAGGUAUUAUACUUCUUAUACUGAGUUUAGAGUGCAAGGUGGAUGAGGAUGUGAAAUCCAGAAUAAGCGUUUACAAUCAAGCUCUUGAGAAAAUGCAGAAGAUUCCAAAACUGAGGAAUGCAAGUAUUUUAAGAUUUAUUGUAGUAUUCAAUCCAAUAGUUUAGAGAAGAAAAAUGCAGAAAUUCGAUGAAGACUGA